GAGUAACUGAAACGUAAGUUGGUUGUAAAGUAGAAGUGUUCGUGGUUUGGUAGAUACAACUUGAAAAUGGACAACAUAUUUGUUUACGGUACCUUGAAAAGGAACGAGCCGAAUCAUAAUUGGUUGGAAGACGAGGAUUUCGGUUAUUCUCAGUAUAUCUGUAAUGCCAGAACUGUAGAAAAGUAUCCGCUCGUUAUUGCUACGCGGUAUAACCUCCCGUUCUUAUUGGAUGUGCCGGGUGAGGGCCAUCACGUAUCGGGCGAGGUGUAUGAGAUUGAUUAUCCCAUGCUGCAGCACCUCGAUGUACUCCAACAAUAUCCCGACUUCUACUAUCGGGAUAUGAUAGAAGUCCUCUGUGGAAGUAAAAAGGUGUCGGCUUUCGUGUACGUACUCAGGGAAUUUCGACCAUUUUUAAUGGAAGAGCCGUUUCUGGAAGAGUAUUCUUCCAAUGGAGAUCAUGGAAAACGAUACGUUGAGAGAGCCGAAAGAGAUCAUACAUAUGAUUUUACAAAAGAAGUUCAAUUUUAA